CUCUCGCAAUUUGCUGCUCUCGCACUCCUAGCUUCGCCUACUCCCCCAUCGCUCGCAUACUUCGCCACCUCACUCCCUCUCUGGCUUCGUACUUGCUUUCCGCUUCCUAUCCCAUCUCUGACUAGCAGAGUCCCGCUUGUCCCGCUUGUCAUCGUUGCCUGCUCGCGUCUACGUCUGCUUUGUCUACUUCUCUCUCUUGCGUCCUGCUUUUAGCUCUCUGUUGUUGGAAUUCACUCCCUUAGAAGCACAGCAACGUGAUUAGAGAUACCAGAGCCGGUUGAUGUCGUGUUGAGGAUUUUUUUUUUCUUUUUCUUGUCUCGGGUUGUCUUGUGUGUGAGUGAGUUUGUUCUAGUUAAUCUGAGGUGGGAGACGUGUUUGCGCAGUGUCUGUGUGUGUUUUUAGAAGCGCGCAAGAAAGUGUAUCAGUGAAGUUGAUUUUCGAAGGAACCGGUCAUCAGUAGUUUGCGCGAUCUUGCUCGUGAAAGACUCCUUAAGGAAUUGAAGCAUUGUGAGUUUUUGGUUUCGGGGUAGAGUUGUUCUCUUGAGUGACGUUGUUGCUUGCCGGGUGUUGUGCGUGGAGACUAGUGAAGUUUUUUCUUGUUUAGAAGGGCGUUUUUCUCCUCGUUUCGUACUUCCAUCGGCGUCUCUUCUUGGUCUUGCAUUCUCUCGCAGGCCUUUGUGAGCGUACUAUUUUCCAGUGGAAUUCUUAAGGUUUCAUCCUUGAGUCUUAGUUCUUAUUUCGCGUAGUCUGUUUUCUUCUGUUGAUAAGUUGUACUAAGGAAGAUUUUCUCUCGUUGUCUACCGUGCUGUAAGGUCUCACUAUGAUACCUUCUUCUCUCUGGUGAGGUGCUUAUAUUGUCGAGGCUUUUGUACAUCUAGGGAGAGAAAAUCUGUAGGAACCCUGUUUACAAAGGGUAGAGCACUUCGCUGUUACAGUCGACGAAACGCUUGAGCACUCAAAAACUCGAUGCAGUGCGCAGUUUCUCUUGAACCAGUAGCACUCCAGUCCAUCGCUCCUGUCGCUUAAGUCAUCCUUUGCUAUCAGAAGUUCUUGUGUAGCUUGCUGGAGCCUGUAGGUUUCGAAGACAUCUUGCUACCAUGGACGGACCUGAGGCUACCCUUUUAUUUUAACCGGAGCGAUCGGUUCCCAAUUGUGAAGGCAGGAGAAUUCCAAAGUGGAGCACAUGAUUCAUACGAACGCCAGUACAAGGAUCAUCGUCAGGAGGAGGUCCGCACUCCCCAUGCUCUGGACCGCUGGUCGCUCCAACUUCACUUGACGGGAACUACCUCCUGCCUCUAUACUUGGGCUACCAACGUAUCUGGGGGAAGGUUAUUUUUAUUAUAUAGGCAAGGGUUAAGACGAACUUCAUCACUUGGACAAAGUUGUUUGAGGAGGGGAUUGUCUGAAAAUGAGUUGCAAUGGUUGUCGUGUCCUGCGUAAAGGAUGCAGCGAGUCAUGUAUACUUCGUCCAUGCCUUCAGUGGAUUGACAGCGCUGAUGCCCAAGGACAUGCUACUGUGUUUGUGGCAAAGUUCUUCGGCCGGGCUGGCCUCAUGAGCUUCAUAACUGCUGUUCCUGAAAACCAACGCCCUGCGUUGUUUCAAUCUCUGCUUUACGAAGCUUGCGGAAGAACCGUCAAUCCGGUUUUUGGAGCAGUGGGACUCCUCUGGGCUGGCAACUGGCAGGUCUGCCAAGCUGCUGUGGAAACGGUUCUGAAAGGUGGUGUCUUGAAGGCACCAUCCUCAUGUUCUUUAGGCUUUUCUGCUCUGCCACAAGGUCUCCUUCAUCCUUCCAAUCCCGGGAAAGAUACAUCAGUUACCUCGAAGGGAAGGGACAGUCUGCUCCCGAGCCUGAUCACCUCAGCCAAGGGAAAUAUUCCAGAUCUUUGCAAAGUGAGGGUAGGAGCAGGCCCUAUUCUAGAGCAGUAUCAGAGGACAAAUGGUUAUGAGAGCAAAGAUCAUGAUGCCGCUGCUGUCAAAUCAAGCUGGGAUCGGAAGUGGGAUAUCAAUGUUCAGCAACAAGAGUGGCCGAAGCAUCAGCAGCUAGACACAGCGAAAGGUAAUGUUAAAUCUCAUAUGGUGGCGUGGCCUGAGGCUCUUGGAAACAUCGUACACAAGGUUGGGGAGAAAAGAGACCGAGAUUUUUCGGGGGCGCAGGUGCUGGUCCCUGCCCCUAGGAGAUUGAAACCUUGCUUAGCGAUUGAAUAUGGCAUGAGCAUGAAGGAAUGUGCUGUGUAUGAUGAUCAGGAAACCGUCGUUGGCUCUACCGAACAUCUGGACCUCGGCCUGACACUUAAGGUGAAGGAUGGCAAAGGGGGACAGAUUACUGGAUUUAAAACAGUUUACAGUCCUUCUGACUCUGUGAACUCUGAGGGCUCUGUGACCAGUCUUGACACUACACCUCGUCAUGUCCAUCAUACCAGCUUCUCAUCACCGAUGUCAGGCGGGGACAUGGAUCGCAAACUGUUACUUCUUCUGUAAGAUGUGUAGUUUUAUCAAGAGUUCUCAUUCAGAGGCAUCUUUGAGAGCUCUUCAAGAGGAGAUAGAAGUUUGAGAGUUAUUUUUUGUUUUACCUUAAAAAAUUUCUGUACUGUUUGAUAAUCCUGAUAUGCAAUUUUCCUGGAGAUCCUAGUAAGGUUCUUUACUACUUUGAUAUUAGUAUCUCUUCUGAACAAUUUAUAGUGGACGGUCUAUACACAUGGGGGCGCUGGGUGAAGAUUAUGUAGAAGGAAGUGACCACUGUUUGAGCUUUCUGUCGUUCGAGCAUCUAAAUUGUCUACUCUACAAUAGACGUCAUAAAACUGACGAAGUGUUCAAUUUUUGUUGAUACGAGUGUUUGUUUAUCUGCGCUUGUAACCUCCUCAAGCUGGUGAGCCAUUUGAACAGGGGUACCAGUGCA